CCCUUUUUGGUGUAUGGGGGAAGGACGGGUGGGAUGUUGUUCCGCCAAGAUUUACUGCGGAGAUAGAAUAAAGCCGCGCGCCUGGAUUUCCUCCUGGCUCCUUUUCUUGUUUGACAUGCUGCCUUUCGGAGACAAAACGAGAGAGAUGGUCAAUGCAUGGUUUUCUGAGAGAGUUCAUCCCAUACCAGUUUGCAAAGAGGGGGCCAAGCAGCACGGUGACGCUUGUUCUUGUCCCAGCCACCAGGCUGCACGGGCAGAGAGCACUAAUCCCACACCCCCAACCAGGAAGAUAUCUGCUUCUGAGUUUGACAGGCCCCUUAGGCCUAUUGUUGUCAAGGAUUGUGUUGGAACUGUGAGUUUCUUGUCGGACUCCGAAAAGAAGGAGCAGAUGCCUCUCCAACCCCGGACGCUUGGGACCGAUGCAGGGGAUCAGUGCUCAAGGCUCUUAGAAUUGGUGAAGGACAUUUCUAGUCACUUGGAUGUCACAGCCCUUUGCCACAAAAUUUUCCUGCACAUCCACGAACUCAUUGCCGCCGAUCGCUACUCCCUCUUUUUGGUGUGUGAAGACAGUUCCAAUGAGAAGUUUCUCAUCAGCAGGCUCUUUGACGUUGCUGAAGGUUCCACCUUGGAAGAAGCUUCAAACAAUGGCAUCCGUCUGGAGUGGAACAAAGGGAUAGUGGGACACGUGGCAGCUUUGGGGCAGCCUUUGAACAUCAAAGAUGCCUAUGAGGAUCCCAGAUUUAAUGCAGAAGUGGACCAAAUCACCGGCUAUAGGACACAGAGCAUCCUCUGUAUGCCAAUAAAGAACCAUAGAGAAGAGGUGGUUGGUGUGGCACAAGCAAUCAACAAGAAGUCUGGUGGUGGAGGAAUAUUCACUGAGCAAGAUGAGAAGGAUUUUGCUGCAUACCUGGCUUUUUGUGGAAUUGUUCUUCACAAUGCUCAGCUGUAUGAGACAUCCCUGCUGGAAAACAGACGCAACCAGGUUCUCCUUGAUCUUGCCAGCUUAAUAUUUGAAGAGCAGCAAUCUUUAGAAGUAAUUUUGAAGAAGAUAGCUGCCACCAUAAUCACCUUUAUGCAGGUGCAGAAGUGCACCAUUUUCAUAGUGGACGAAGACAGCUCGGAUCCAUUUUCCAGUGUCUUUCACAUGGAAUCUGAGGAAUUAGAAAAUUCAAGUGAGACCCACAAAAGAAACUAUGAUACAAACCAAAUUAAUUAUAUGUAUGCUCAAUAUGUGAAGAAUACCAUGGAGCCUCUUAACAUUUCAGAUAUUCGCCAAGACAAAAGAUUUCCUUGGACAAAUGAAAAUACAGAUAGUAAAAACCAGAAUAUAGAAAGUUUGCUAUGCACGCCAAUUAAAAACGGAAAGAAGAAUAAAGUAAUAGGAGUCUGUCAACUUGCAAAUAAGAUGGAAGAAAAUUCAGGCAAAAUAAAGGCUUUCAACAGAAAUGACGAGCAGUUUCUGGAAGCUUUUGUCAUCUUCUGCGGCUUGGGUAUCCAGAACACACAGAUGUAUGAAACUGUGGAAAGAGCCAUGGCAAAGCAGAUGGUGACAUUAGAGGUCCUUUCUUAUCAUGCUUCAGCUGCUGAAGAAGAAACAAGGGAACUUCAGGUAACAGCGGCUGCUGUUGUACCAUCUGCGCAAUCUCUCAAGCUCACCGACUUCUACUUCAGUGACUUUGAGCUGUCAGAUAUGGAAACCUCCCUGUGUACAAUUCGGAUGUUCACUGAUCUUAACCUUGUGCAGAAUUUCCAAAUGAAACACGAGGUCCUUUGCAGAUGGAUUUUGAGUGUGAGGAAAAAUUACCGGAAAAAUGUUGCGUAUCAUAAUUGGAGGCAUGCUUUCAACACUGCCCAGUGCAUGUUUGCUGCUUUGAAGUCAGGGAAAAUCCAGAGCAAGCUUACGGACGUUGAGGUGCUUUCUUUGCUGAUCGCAGCACUGAGCCAUGACCUGGACCACAGAGGUGUGAACAACUCUUACAUACAGAGAAGUGAACACCCUCUUGCUCAGCUGUAUUGCCACUCAAUCAUGGAGCAUCACCACUUUGAUCAGUGCCUGAUGAUCCUGAAUACUCCGGGCAACCAGAUUCUCAGCGGCCUUUCUGUUGAGGAAUACAAGGCUACCGUGAAAAUGAUCAAACAAGCUAUUCUGGCCACAGAUCUUGCACUGUACAUUAAGAGAAGAGGAGAGUUUUUUGACCUUCUGAGAAAGAAACAGUUUAACCUGGAAGACCCUUAUCAAAAGGAGCUAUUUUUGGCAAUGCUGAUGACUGCGUGUGAUUUGUCAGCAAUAACAAAGCCGUGGCCUGUUCAGCAACGGAUAGCUGAACUUGUAGCUACAGAAUUCUUUGACCAAGGUGAUAAGGAGAGAAAAGAACUCAAUAUAGAACCAACAGAUUUAAUGAACCGUGAAAAGAAAAACAAAAUCCCCAGCAUGCAAGUUGGAUUCAUUGAUGCCAUCUGCUUGCAGCUCUAUGAGGCGAUGACACACGUCUCAGAAGCCUGCUAUCCUUUGCUGGACGGCUGCAGAAAGAACAGGCAGAAAUGGCAGUCAUUAGCCGAACAGCAAGAAACAAACCUGAUCAAUGGAGAAAGCAAUCAGCCCAAACGGAACUGAGAUAGCACUUUGUUAGGAAUGCUGGUUUACAAAGAAGCUAUUUAUAUAUAGUGAUUUGGAGAUACUGAAAUGUUUUGCUAGACACUGUACGAAAUAGGUGUAUCAUUUGCCACUGCUGUAUUUUAAAGAACAAGGAGACAUAUAUUUUUGCACAGCAUUCGGAAGCGUAACAUGAACAUUUUUGUGUAUGAUGUAUCAUAGUUGUAUAUUUCAAAAUAUUUCGUUUAUUUGAGGGAGAACGAGGUCUGCACUUAGCAGGUCCAGUUUGCUCUGCUCAGCUUUAUAAGACGGUACAGAAGAGGAGAGUUUCUAGGACUGCUGUUCUCAGUUGUACAUAGUUGUUUAGUUUCAGUCAAUGGCCAGUACUUUAAAACGAUUACCAUAUUUAGCACCUUUUUCAUCUUUUUGUGUUGUCUGUUUCUGUAAGUGUAAAUAAUGAGAGCGCAGUGUUGCCUUUGGGAGCCUGAGAAACACGCAGGAGCUUAGUGGUCAGAGUUCACUAUGGGAGCUGCUGAAUCCAGUAUCUCUUUAUUCCAAAGAAAGUCAGGACUGAAGCACAGUAUCUUGAGAGAAUAUAUGGCUCCUGUGCCUUUUCCUGCCAUGAGAGUGCUUCACCUUAAAUGAACUUGAGCUGUUAAUUACCCAGCAGUCCCAGGCUGCUGGUAAGGAUCUAUAGAUGGAACUGCCUGACAUUUCUUAGAGCAUCGUAGCUCCAAAGUGCAGUUAUCUGAAGAAGACAUCAAAGUCAAGAGAAAUGGGGAAUGGAGACAGACGGAAGAGAGACUGUGUAGACAUUGGGGAUACUUUCAGUGAGGUGGGAUCAUCCCACAGCAAACAAGCUUCAAUGCCGUCCUGCCUGCUGAAACGGUGGAAUGGGGAACAACCUGAAGCUGGCAGCGAUGUGAGUGAGUGAAGAAAAUUAGGCCCGGUCCAGAACUUGAGAAUUGCUCUGGAUAUUGUAAAACUGAAUCAAAUUAAAGAGAUCAGAGCUGAGAAAUAGCCAAGGCUACUUAAAAACAACUGCUCAUAAUUGCAAAGAGGUUUUUUAUGAGUGAAUUUUGGAAAGAAGAAUGCUUUUGGUUUUUCAUAAGACCAUUUGACUUGGAACAAGCAUAACCGCAGAGUAUUGAAGCAGAAAGCAGAAAUGGAAACAGCUGAGAAUACUUCAGGGAGCUUACAAAGAUAACUUUAAAGAAGUCAACGAGUAUUAGCUCAAGAAAGGACGUAGACAAAACAAAUCUUAAAAUACCAUCUCACUGCCUGCAACCAAUAAUGUUACCAUGUCAAAAAUGA